UCUGCAGGUAUUCUGUCUCCUUGCCUGUUCGGCUUACCUGUGAUAUGUUCCCGAAUCAGUUUGGAUUUUCUGAAUUGAACUACCUGUAGUUUGUGAAUGAGAUAAAAACGACAAGUGAAACUUACAUCUAUUGUAUUUCUCUUGGUGAAUCUUUCGUAUUAUUGUUGUAUAAAGGGAUAGAGUUAAAUCAUAUCUUGUCACGGGAAUCAUCAAGGUAAGGGCGUCGCCUGGUUCUCAUUGUUUAUCCAACUGGAUCAUUUAGCAACUAAAUAUUUUAAGAGGGUCCACACUGCACUGAUCUGGAAAUGAGUCGUCAAGUCCUCUGGCCCGUAUGGCUGCUGGCCACUUGUGUGUGGUCGGUCCAGUGCUCGCUGCUUCCGUACGGUGAUACCGAGGGUCACAUUGCCACCCCCGGGCUGGACGAUGGUUCUGGCCCCUCCCUCAGCCUACAGCCGCCUUUCCGAUUUUAUGGAACAAACUACAACACUGCUUUUGUGAACAAUGAUGGUUCUGUGACAUUCAUUAAGGCUGGAACAUUUCAAGACACAACCUCUGAUCCCGGAAAUACUCCAGCAGUGUGUGGCCUGUGCACUGACAUUGAUGUAACCGUAAGUGGAACCGUCUGGUACGUCCUCAGUACGUCUUCAGCAUUACGUCAAACUAUCGCCGAAGACGUCAGGCGAUACCAGGAGUUCCCAGCAGACUAUACGCCGUCCUGGGUACUGUUGGCGACGUGGGCCGAUGUUGCUACAUUUAAGUCAGAAGACAACAAGGUCGACACAUUCCAGAUCACCAUGGCAACUGAUGGCACGGCGUCAGUCGUGAUACUGUUCUAUGAAAGGAUAGAAUGGGUGUAUGAUAAUUCUGACUUUCUGGCUCUAUAUCAAGGCACAGAACCCUCCGUUCGUACACAGAGCGGCUUCUUAGCUGGUGAUGGGAUGAAGUCGUACCUGCUGCCGGGAUCCAAGUCUGAUGAACUCAUCAACAUUACUAAACUGUCUAACGUUGGCGUUGCUGGCAAAUUUAUCUUUCGAGUUAACUCCGACAUCCUUCCCGUGCACCUCCCUGACACCACAAGUUCUGCCCAGAGAACUACUGACACAACAACCCCAACAACAAUCGCUGACAACAUUACUCCAAGGGAGUCAACUUCUUCGACAUCACUGACGUCUACAUCAACGUCCCCGAUCUCCGAUACAACGCCUCAUUCAGGUUCUGCCCAGAGAACUACUGACACAACAACCCCAACAACAAUCGCUGACAACAUUACUCCAAGGGAGUCAACUUCUUCGACAUCACUGACGUCUACAUCAACGUCCCCGAUCUCCGAUACAACGCCUCAUUCAGGUUCUGCACAGAGAACUACUGACACAACAACCACAACUACAAUCGCUGACAACAUUACUCCAAGGUCAACUCCAUCGACAUCACUGACGUCUACACCAACGUCCCCAUUCUGCGAUGCAACGCCUCAUUCAGGUGCUACACCAGUAUACACAUUGCUGACAACAUUUCCCUCCCUGUCUCAAGUGAUGAAAACAUGCGUGUAUUUAUCAUUUGUGAUUAUCUCGCAAAGUUUGUAAACUUCGGAGUAGCUUUCAUUUGUCAGGAUGAUGAUUAUGAUAAUUAUCAUUAUCAUGAGUAGGUAUAUGAUGGAUGAUUCUUAUACUGGUUAUAGUGAGUAAUCUAAUCUAAAUAAAGGCGUUAGUGUCUUUGUUUAUACAUUGAAAGCUUCCCUUGUCGAACUUCAUGAUCCCGACAAAAACCUUCUUUAAUUUAUCACUAUUUGACCCGGUGGAAGUCGAUGUCGGAUGGGUCGAUAUAUUCCUCGGUUCCCUGCAACAAACCUAUAUAACCUUUCAACACAUUUAAAUAUCAUCAGUUAAUUGUUUCGCUGUUAUUUUCGGUCUUCUAUCUAUGUUACAUUCUAUCUAUGUUAAAUAGGGAUAAUAGACAAUAACAUCUGUAACAGAGACCUCUCCAUCAAAUAAAAUAACAUCCGUAACAGAGACAUCCCCGUCAAAUACAAUAACAUCUGUAACAGAGACUUCCCUGUCAAAUACAAUAACAUCUGUAACAGAGACUUCCCCGUCAAAUACAAUAACAUCUGUAACAGAGACUUCCCCGUCAAAUACAAUUACAUCUGUAACAGAGACUUCCCUGUCAAAUACAAUAACAUCUGUAACAGAGACUUCCCUGUCAAAUACAAUAACAUCUGUAACAGAGACUUCCCCGUCAAAUACAAUAACAUCCGUAACAGAGACUUCCCCGUCAAAUACAAUAACAUUUGUAACAGAGACCUCCCCGUCAAAUACAAUAACAUCUGUAACAGAGACUUCCCUGUCAAAUACAAUAACAUCUGUAACAGAGACCUCCCCGUCAAAUACAAUAACAUUUGUAACAGAGACCUCCCCGUCAAAUACAAUAACAUUUGUAACAGAGACUUCCCUGUCAAAUACAAUAACAUCUGUAACAGAGACUUCCCCGUCAAAUACAAUAACAUCUGUAACAGAG